UGUUAUAUAAAGAAUAAUCUGACAAAAUUACAGAAUAAAAAAUUGAGUGAUACAUGUGCUAAUCAUAAAAAAUGCUCAUCUUGAAAAAUCGAUCAUGGUUCCUAAAAAAGGUGUCAAUUCCAGCUGAUCUACUGACUUCAACUCGGUGUGUUCAUCACAAAUUUCACCUGGAACAACCUAAUUACGACACAGAUUACCUACUAAAUCCAACAAAUGCUCCGCAAAUUGAAGCAAACAUCGAGCAUCGUAAGGGGGUGGGAAAUAUUCACUUGGUUCAUCAGUUAAGCAACCGAUUAAAAUCCCUACCAUCAGGCAAUGAUAGCGAACGAAAUCGUUUGAAUAAUCAACUGCAAGAAGAACUCCGAAAGAUACCCAACAAAACUCAUCCGGAUGUGCUGGCACACGGAACACAACCCAAGGUGGUGCGGUACUACAAUGACAAGCCCAACUUUGAGGGUAGAAAAGUGUUUGAAUUUUCCGAAAUGGCUAAAAAGUUGAACGUCUUUCGAAUGGAGAAGCUUGGCAAUUUCACGGGACACAAAUCGUACUACCUUACUGGUGAUUUGGUGGAAUUGGAACAAGCUCUCAUUCAGUAUGCCGUUACAAAACUGAUCGCGAAUAAAUUCAAACUGAUCACAGUUCCGGAUAUUCUGCCAGCGAGGAUUAUUGAGAGCUGUGGUAUGAAUACUCACGGAGAGCGAAACCAGGUUUAUAAGCUGAACAAUCCACACGAAACAUUGUGCCUUUCUGGGACAUCGGAAAUGGCUUUGGCUGGAUACUUUGCAGGUACGAUAACCGAUGAAGAUCAGCUUCCUUUGAAACUCACAGCCGUGAGUCGUUGUUUCCGAGCCGAGACAUCUGCCCUACAGGAAGAGAAGGGAAUCUAUAGGGUACACCAGUUUACAAAAGUGGAAAUGUUUUCCGUCUGCCGGCCGGACCAAUCGGAAGCAAUUCUAGAAGAGUUUAGAGAUAUUGAGGUGGGUCUAUUUGAUGCCCUGGGGUUGCAUUUCCAACUGUUGGAUAUGCCUGCUUGUGAGCUGGGAGCUCCCGCGUAUCGAAAGUACGACAUCGAAGCGUGGAUGCCCGGGCGAAGCAUGUAUGGGGAAAUUUCCAGUUGCAGUGACUGCUCUGAUUUUCAAGCAAGGCGAUUAGGAAUUCGCUACCGGUCGAAAACCGACAACGAGCGGCUCGACUACGCCCACACGGUCAACGGAACUGCAUGUGCCAUUCCACGGAUGUUGAUAGCCCUGCUGGAAAACUUCCAAAACCCAGACUACACCAUAACGAUUCCAGAACCGCUCCGACCAUUCAUGCGAGGAAAGGAACGAAUCAGCAGGAAAAAACUGUUACCCGAACUGAAGCUAACCAAGCGGUUAGCUCAGGAGGAGAUUUGCUAAGUCGAAUCGAGUAGGAAUACUAUUCAGAGCGAAAUAGUUAAUAAAAUCGUUGGUUAGAAA